AUUAGUUUUGUCCCGCCUUGAAGCUAUAACACAGAAAAAUACUUUUUUUUCCCUCAUUGCCGUUCCAAGGAACGAUCUGCCUCCCCUUCCUUUUUAACGUCAGGCCCUACGUCACCGGCUAAGGAAAAACCCUGAGGUUAAGCGUCGUGGGGGUAAAAGAUCCAACCCUCAGAGCGUCUGAUUCUGCGAUUGGCUCCCUACCAUGUCCUAGGGGCUCAAUGCAUAUAUACGCGUCUUGUCUCUCGCGCGGUGUGUUAAUACAAAUUCAUGUUUGUUACCGAGACAUCGAAAGAUGGCUGGUACGACGCGACGCCUUCCAAUGGCCAAUCUCUCGAUAUUAUUUGCUGUUGGAUUGCUAACUUCACCCUUGGCAACCCCUGUUAAAAUUUCCCUUCAAAGUGUAUCAGAUCUGGUGAUUCAAAGUGCAUUAGACUCUCUCAACGAAAAAUCUCCGACCGGGAACACUUACAAAGGUGGAAAUCUUUUAAGUGCGCAGAAACUGAAAACUCCCCCGUACGUGAUUUAUCGUCUCACCUUGAAUUUGGAGACAAAUUGCCCGGAGACAUCGUGUCCUCGAGAGGCAUGUGCAAUUGAAAUAAAGCAACACGAAUCAGGUGUUAUAGAAAUUGAGAAUGAAUCGAAACAAUGCGUUUUCUUGUAUCCACAAUCUGACCAGCGCAGCUCCCAGGAUAUUCCAGAUGAUCAGCUUAUCGAGAGUCUUGAUAGACAGAUUAACGACAGUGUAAACCUUGAUCACGAAGUUCAGGAGGUCUCAGAUCACAACGAUCGUCCAUUCAUAGCUGUUAGGGCAUCUCACUACUGUCCAGGAUGUCCCUACGAGCUGAAUCCAACGCUUCCAGGUCUCGAAAUAUUCGGAGAACUCGCGGCGACAUCUCUGGACGAUUCAGGUCGGAGUGAUUUCAAGCACAGGAUCGUCAGCAUCGUGAGGGUCACUAGGGCAGUCCCUCCUGGUUCUAAUGUCGUUCGUUAUGAACUGCUGAUGGAGGUGGGAGAGACGAAUUGUCUCAGGACAACGGUAAUUCAAAGGUCGAAGUGUUCUCUCCAGACGAAUGUUCCUAUCAGACUCUGUCAAGUGAGAAUCGAUGAGAACCCCUGGCAGCAUAACAGCAGACAAAUAGUAUUCAAUAAUUGUACCGAUUCGGAUAAAGCGAAUGGAUUGACUGGACAAGUGGAUCCCACGUUAACGAGCGAGUCCUUGAUUACGGAGAAUUGUAAUGAUUAUGAGUCACAGUCGGAGAUUUAUGAUCAGGUGGCACUUGAGGGUCAAUUGAGUACGUAUCAGAGUCCAGUUGAGUCAUCAGUUGUCACAGCUGCUGAAGAUUCGUCCCCACCUGUGGUGACCGAAGUUCCUUUCAAGAGAAUUUUCGUUGAGACAGAGAGGCCAGAGGUAAUACCAAAAUUCGCGGAUAAAUUCAGGGAAUUCGAUGACUUUCUCGAGGGAUUUGAUAUCGAUAUUAGGCCCACCACUGAGCAUUCACACGGGCCUGAGGUCGUCGAGGAGAUGAUUCGUCCUGAAAGGGUGAAGGAUCAGAUCUCAGUGGAAAUUACAAGGACGAAGAGAGAGAUUGAUAAUAAUUACGACAAGAGUUUGAUACUGAAGUUGUCGCAGAAGGCGUUGAGUAUUCUUGAUGAAAUGGACAAUGAUGAUAAGAAAAGAGUGAUUGCAGAUGUCGUGGAUUACAAGAGAAUCAGCUCUGAGGGAUUUUUGUAUCAGAUAACACUCUUGGUGGCUCCAGGGAGCAAUUGUCGUGAGGAUCAUAAAAAUAUUAAGGACUGCAUUCAUGAUCCUGAGGGGGAACCCAUGAAUAUGUGCAAAUUGCAGAUUCAAACGGAUGAUAAGAGCACUCUAGAGACUGCCAAGGUUCUGCAGUCACAGUGUUAUGAAAUUGAGAGUAGAAGGAAGAGACAGCUCUUGGGGGGUCCCCAAGUUAUUUCUGUUGAUGAUCCGGAGGUGCAAAGGUACGUAGGCAACGGAUUGAGGAAGUAUUCUGCUGAGAUGGAGGGGGAUAAUGAGCCAAUGAUCAUUCAGGUUAUUGAGGCAACAAGACAGACAGUAGCUGGAUCUCUUUACAAGAUCAAAGUUGAAAUUGGUGAGAGCAAUUGUCCAAAGAGAACAGCAGAAUUACAGAAUUGGCUCGAGUCUUGUCUGUUGGUGGAUGACAGUGUUCCUAAAGACUGCUUGAUCAACGUGUGGUCUAAACCCUGGGAGAACUUUGAAGAAAUCACAGUGACGUGCGAGCCUGCCCGCAGAAAAAGAGCCUUGAAGGGCGCCAACUACUCCCAGAAGAUGCUGCGCAUUUCGAAGCCGCUGGAGGAUGAGAGAAAAUUCACCAAUUUCCAGAAAAAAUACAAUAAAAUCUACUCCUCCGAAGAAGAACGUGCAGUGAGAUUCAGGAUAUUCCAGGAGAACAUGCAGAUAGCUCAGAAUCUUCAGGAGUACGAGCAGGGCACAGCUGUCUAUGGGCCUACGAUAUUCGCUGAUUUAACUCCUAACGAAUUUAGGACAAAGCACCUGGGGUACCGUCCAGACUUGAAAAAUGAAAAUAACAUUCCCCUGGCUAAAGCAACAAUUCCAAACAUCGAAUUACCAUUGGAAUUCGACUGGCGACACUACAAUGUCGUGACUGAAGUGAAGAAUCAGGGCUCAUGUGGCUCCUGCUGGGCAUUCUCUGUUACUGGAAACGUCGAAGGACAGUACGCGAUAAAACACAAAAAAUUAUUAUCGCUGUCCGAGCAGGAGCUUGUGGACUGUGAUAAAUUGGACGAGGGAUGCAACGGGGGACUUCAGGAGAAUGCAUAUCGGGCUCUUGAGGAGUUGGGAGGACUGGAGCUGGAGAAUGAUUAUCCUUACGACGGGGAGGACGAGAAAUGCCACUUCUUGGAGAAAAAGGCUGCGGUGAAGGUCGUGUCAGCUGUCAAUAUCACCUCCAAUGAGACAGAGAUGGCACAAUGGCUCGUCCAGAAUGGACCAAUGGCCAUUGGAAUUAAUGCUAAUGCUAUGCAGUUCUACAUGGGAGGGAUAUCCCAUCCCUUCAGAUUACUGUGCGAUCCUGGUAGUCUAGAUCAUGGGGUUCUCAUCGUGGGAUACGGUAUCCACGAGUAUCCUCUGUUUAAUAAAACCAUACCUUACUGGAUCGUGAAAAACAGCUGGGGAAAGAGGUGGGGCGAGCAGGGAUAUUACAGGAUUUAUAGAGGCGAUGGAUCCUGUGGAGUCAAUGCUGAUGUCUCCAGUGCUAUUGUUGCAUAGGGGCUGCGAUUUUUCAAUAAUUUUUUAUUUUUUUAAUGGAUAUUUUAGGAGCCAAAUGGUCGAGUUUAAUGCGCAUUGGAAUUGCUUCUAAAAUUUAUAGUAGUUAUCAAUUUAUCUCGGAAAUGGUUAGUUUAAAGAGGAAACGCUGAGGAACUUUUGUGUCGGCGAUUAAAGAGGCCAUAAAAACGGUCUUUAUGUGUUUACUCGGUAGAGCUAAUCGUUUUCUAGAUAAUGUGGAAUUUAAUGGAAUCGUAAAACAUGAAUUAUCUGACUUUACCAAUUGGCUACUGAUUGACAAUUUUUGAGAUUUCUCAACAUUUUAUAUCUUAUUUACAAUCUAAAUACUUAGUUAUAAAGAUUUAUUUAUUUUCGUGCCAAAGAAUGUCGUGGGGUUAUCAGUAUCUUUUUAAUUUCGAAUGUGAUUUUUUGUGGACUUGAAAUACGACCAUUCUGGGCAGUUUUAUUAUUUACUAACUGAAGUAGGAUAUAUUUUUGACUGUUGUACUCAAUAAAGGAGACGAUGAUUAUUAAAAUA